AUGACUAAUCGAAAAAUUAACUUCGGAGCUGGUCCAGCGAAAAUUCCUGAAGAGGUGUUGCUCAAGGCACGCGAUGAAUUGAUAAAUUUCAAUGGGACAGGCAUCAGUAUUUUGGAAAUGUCGCAUCGUUCGAAAGAUUUCGCAGAGGUUCUCGAAGAAACGAAGGAUUUGUUGAGGGAACUCAUGAAAAUUCCGGAUGAAUUUGAAAUACUUUUUAUGCAAGGAGGAGGUACUGGACAGUUCGCCGCUAUUCCACUGAACAUGAAGGGUGAAAAAGAGUUUGCUGACUACAUAAUCACGGGUGCAUGGUCGAGCAAAGCUGCCGCUGAGGGAAGCAAGUACAUUCGAGUGAAGAAGGUGUUCGUACCAGCUAAACCCUACGUAACAAUUCCAGAUCAGAGCUGUUGGGAUCAUGACAAAGAUGCUGCUUAUUUAUACUAUUGUGCAAACGAAACAGUACACGGUAUUGAAUUCCAUUCUCCACCGUAUUCGGUACAUGGAGUACCACUCGUCGCCGACAUAUCGUCGAAUUUCCUUUCAAGACCUUUCGAUUUCACCAAUCACGGAGUUGUGUUCGGCGGUACACAGAAAAAUCUCGGUGCAGCUGGUCUUACUGUGGUUAUAGUAAGGAAGGAUCUUGUUGUACAGCCACAAGCGAUCACUCCAGCGAUACUCAGCUACAAGGAAAUGCACGACAAUAACAGUCUUUAUAACACUCCGGCAGUAUACGGGAUCUACUUAACUAACUUAGUACUGAAGUGGAUUCGCAACAAUGGUGGAGUUGAUGCGAUUUUUGAAAUGAAUAAGAAAAAGUCUGGUAUGAUAUACGACCUCAUUGACAAUUCUAAUGGUUUCUACACGUGUGCGAUCGAUAAGGAGUGCCGUAGCUACAUGAAUAUUUGUUUCCGAGUCAAAGAUGGCGACGAAAAAUUAGAGGCUGAUUUCCUUAAAGGAGCAACAGCUAGGGGAAUGAUCUCACUGAAAGGGCAUAGGUCCGUAGGCGGUAUACGAGCCUCCUUAUACAAUGCGGUAACCGUGGAAGAGACCGCACUGCUGGCUGACUGGAUGCAAGAGUUUAUGACCAGUCAGGCGGCUUGA